AUGGGGGAGCCGGACUGGAACAGCAGCGGGACUGAGUGCGGGAGCAGCAGCGAGGAGGAGGGCAGCACUGGACAGGGCUGCGGGCCGGGGCCGGCCUUCCCCGCCGCCGAGCAGCCUCUCCUCCGGCUGAAUGUGGGCGGCACACGCUUCGUCCUUGGCCGGCAGCUGGCAGCUCGGUACCCAGCCAGCCGCAUUGGGAAGCUGGCUGCGUGCCAGGGCCCAGCUCAGGGCCUGCGACUCUGUGAUGAUUACUCGGCCGAGGAGGACGAGUUCUUCUUCGACCGGGACCCGAGUGUGUUCCAGGCGGUGUGGCAGCUGUACCGGAGCGGCCGGCUCUGGGCCAGCCAGGGUCCGUGUCCCCGCCGAUACCGCUCCGAGCUCCGCUACUGGGGCGUCAGGCUGGGCGCGGCACCGCGCUGCUGCCGCCUCCUCCUCCUCGAGCGGCGGCAGGAGCUGUCCGAGCAGCUGCGGCUCAGCCGCCAGCUCACCGCCGUCCUGGGUCUGCGGGAACGCGGUCCCCCGGCCCCGGGAAACUGGCUGUGCCGCAACCGCUCGCGGCUCUGGCAUCUCUUGGAGGCGCCGCCCGCCUCGGCCGGGGCCAGGCUGCUCAGGGUCAGUGGUUGCCUGGCUGUCCUCAUGUCCAUGGCCGGCCUCAUCCUGGGCACAGUGCCGGAGCUGAGGCCGGAGACUGGCGCUGGGCCCGCCGCUCUCUGGGGCCUGGAGAUGGGGUGUAGCUCGGCGCUGACGGCACAACUCCUGCUGCGGCUGCUCUCAGCGCCCAGGCCCCGCCGCUUCCUGCUCAGCCCCCUCAACCUGGCCGAGCUGCUGGCGCUGCUGCCCUUCUACACCGAGCUGGUGGCGCGGCGCUUCGGGGAGCCCGGGCGCCUGGGCCUCCUCCUGCGGGCCGCGCCGCUGCUGCGAGUGCUCCGGGUGCUGAGUCUGGCCCGUUACUCCACCGGCCUGCGGGCUUUCGGCUUCACCCUGCGCCUCUGCUCACAGCAAGUCUGCUGCCUCCUGCUCUUCAUCGCCCUGGGCAUCUUCACCUUCUCCGCCCUGCUACACCAGGCCGAGCAGCACAUCCCCGGCACCAACUUCAGCAGCAUCCCCCAAUCCUGGUGGUGGGCAGCGGUGAGCAAUCGAAGUCUGAGCGGGGGCGGAAAAUGGGAGGGACGGGCCUAA